UUUUUUUUUUUUUCGGUGAACUGCGCGCCGCAGCAGCAGAGCAGCAGCAACGCCGCGCCGCGGCCCCGAUCAGGAAGUGAAUCUGAAGAAAAUAAGCGACUGUGGAGGUAGAAUGAUAUAGAGAGGGGGGGAGAGAGGUGGGAGAGAAUCGAGCGGAUAAAUAAAGGCGACUAUAUAAACGGAGGGAGGAAUCCGACCCUGUUUCUGGAUCCGUUUGGGAGCGGCGCCUGUCUGGGAUAUAGCUCCACUGCACCGCUGAAAUAACACAAAGAUGCUCAUAAAGGAAUAUCGAGUGAUUCUUCCCAUCUCUGUGGAAGAGUACCAGGUGGGCCAGCUGUACUCUGUAGCUGAAGCCAGUAAGAAUGAGACGGGCGGAGGCGAAGGAGUAGAGGUGCUAAAAAAUGAACCCUAUGAGAAGGAUGGAGAGAAGGGCCAGUACACACACAAAAUUUACCAUUUGCAGAGUAAAGUGCCAUCAUUCGUAAGAAUGUUGGCUCCAUCUUCAGCUCUGAACAUCCAUGAGAAAGCCUGGAAUGCAUACCCUUAUUGUCGUACAGUCAUCACUAAUGAGUAUAUGAAAGAUAACUUCCUGAUCAAGAUUGAGACGUGGCACAAACCUGACAUGGGACGCCAGGAAAAUGUACACGGUUUGGAUGCAGAAACCUGGAAAAAGGUGGAUGUAGUCUAUAUUGAUAUUGCAGACAGAAGCCAGGUGGAGCCAAAGGACUACAAACCAGAGGAGGAUCCCUGCAAGUUCAAGUCAGCAAAGACAGGACGAGGUCCUCUAGGACCAGACUGGAAGAAGGAGCUUCCUAACAAGAAAGACUGCCCACACAUGUGUGCCUACAAACUGGUCACUGUCAAAUUCAAGUGGUGGGGUCUGCAGAAUAAAGUGGAGAACUUUAUCCAAAAGCAAGAGAAGCGCUUGUUCACAAAUUUCCACCGCCAACUGUUUUGCUGGAUUGAUAAGUGGAUUGAACUGAACAUGGACGAUAUUCGUCGCAUGGAGGAGGAGACUCGUAGGGAGCUAGAUGAAAUGAGAGUCAAAGAUCCUGUGAAAGGAAUGGUGGCUCUAGAGGACUGAGACUUUGUUGGACAUAAAUGCUGCCGCUCAUCAGAUUAGACCUGAAACCAGCGGAUUCACUCCUCCUUUUGUCUCAACUGAUACGUCUGACUGGACGGUCCAAAUCCUACUUUCCGCAGUACAUUUUGGUCUUCUCGGACCUGGACCCAGUGCACUCCCAGUUUUUAGCUGAUCUCCUCUACAUCGUCUGUCCUUCCUUGAGUCCUUCUUGUCUUAUUUUGUUUCGUUGUUUUUACUCAUUUGCUGUUUCCAUCUAGCUUAAACUUUUUAAAGCCUCCAGUAGCACCGUUACUGAUAUUGUGAGUUACUCCGAUCUUUUUCUCUCAAUUUUUGUUCUAAACUGCAGAGAACAGUGAGGACACUGUUGUUCAUCUCUACAACUAAGGACAUAUUUUAGACAAAAUGUCACAGUGGCGCAUCAGUAGAGUGUAAUGCAGUCUGCUGUGUCCUUCUAACCAGCCAGUAAGGUUUUAUCCCCAGUACCUGCCUUCCGACUUCAAGGCGUUUGUCAGUUUUUCUGCUGCUUUGUCAGUAUGUGUGUCUGUGUGUGUACAUGCUUCUGUUGUGUGCCGGUGUGUGUUGAUAGGUCAUCAAAGUUUCCAGCCAGGUUUUUCUUCAAACAUUGUUUCAAGAGCUCUGGAUGAACAUGCAGUAAUAUGAAGAUUAUGUCUAACUCUAUGAAUAUUUAGAUAGAAAUAGUCUAAAAAGAUGCACACAAAAUAUUAAUCACAGUUGCUACAGUAAAUGAAAACAGCCAUAAAUGAUUUGAGGACUGUCGUUUUUGGGUUUUUUUUUUUCUUGACUUGUCAUUUCCAGUGGAUAAAUGGUCUUAUCCAGCAAAAGCAA